AUGAGGAAAGUAGGUCGGCAAGGUGAUCAGCAUUUUAGCGAUGUAUAUAAGCUGACGAUUCGGGAGUUGAGGUAUAGAACAUCCAAGUCUGUCGAUACAACAGCAAUGGCUUCCAUCAAGACUCUCCUGGUCCUCUGCAUCGCCGUCUUCGCUGUGGCUCUGGCCGUCGAAGAAGGUCGUGACAAGAGGGGCCUCUUUGGAGGAUACGGUUCCUUCGGUGGAUACCCAGCCUUUGGCUACUCCGGCUACAGAGGAUUUGGAGGAUACAAAAGUUAUGGAUACGGCCGUAGCUUUGGCUAUGGUGGAUAUGGAGGAUAUGGUGGAUAUGGUGGAUUUGGACCAGGCUACGGAUUCUUCGGCUGAACUAAUAAUGUUAUGGUUUAAUUGUUAUCUGUCAAAAACUCAACUUUUGUUUUUAUUCUUUUGAAUACAGAAUUAUUUAUUUCCAAUAGUCAAUAAACUUGGUUUUCUCCAUCAUAUGCUUUUAUUUAGAUUAAUUUCUUAAUCCAGUAUUCCGCUUAGGUAUUGAUAUGAUCUUUUGUUAAAAGGAACGAUAAAUUAUAAAUAAACUCUGCAAUAGUUUUUCUUUUAUUUACUAAUUUAUAUCAAUUUUUUUUUCUUUGCCACAAUCUUGCUUUUAAGAUUUAAAAAGGCACUUGUUAUCACGUUAAUAAUAGAAUUUUUAUUUUUAUUUGUAUUUAUCGAGGUUGAAUUAUAUUUAGUCAGACUCAUCCAGUACUCACCAAUACGUAUUAUAUGUUCAAAAGAUAGACAAUACAAACGUAUAAAAAGAAAUGAAGAUUUUAUAAAAACAUGGUUUAUUUAUAUUUGACCUUAAGGAAAGGUUGUGGAGAA